UGUGACCAUGUCUAUCAAAGCCAUGAAGACCACCACCUACUCCCCUGUGACAACCUCUAGGGGUCCAGCCCAGGGCUUCAGCAGCCUGUCUUUCUCAGGCUAUGGAAGCCAUGGUGUGGAUGGUGCUGGGCAGAGCUACGCUGUCUGUGGUCCCUAUGGGGGAGUGGGAAGUAGUGGUGCUCCCCUGGGCACUAGGGUGCAUAAGGUGGUCAGUGGGUAUAGACCAAGAGGAGGUGGUGCUGAAUUUGACUAUGUGGACUUCGGUGAAGGUAUGGGAGGUGGCUUGGCCAACAGAGUAGUAGUUCCCAUCACAGCAGUGACCGUGAAUGAGAGACUUCUGGCCCCCUUGAACCUGGAGAUUGACCCCAACAUCAAGGCAAGCCGCACCCAGGAGAAGGAGCAGCUCAAGACCCUGAACAACCGCUUUGCUUCCUUCAUUGACAAGGUACGCUUUCUAGAACAGCAGAACAAAAUGCUUGAGACCAAGUGGAAACUGGUACAGAAAAAGAUCCCAUCCCGCUCCAACAUCGACUCCAUGUUUGAAGCCUACACUGCUAACCUGCAUAAGCAGCUGGACACCCUGGGUCAUGAGAAGGCCAGACUGGAAUCUGACCUGCAUAGCAUUACGGGCCUGGUCGAGGACUUCAAAACCAUGUAUGAUGAUGAGCUCAACAAGCGACAGGAGUGUGAGAACAAUUUUGCCCUCCUAAAGCAGGACAUAGAUGCAGCCUUCAAGACCAAAGUGGAGCUGGAGGCCAGACUUGAUGGGCUCUCUGAUGAGAUUGAGUUCCUGAAGAUUAUCUAUGAUGCAGAAAUCCAUGAUCUGCAGAGCCAAAUGAAGGACACAUCUGCUGUGGUGGAGAUGGACAACAGUCGUAAUCUCGACAUGGACGCCAUUGUCACUGAGGUCCGUACCCAGUAUGAAGACAUUGCCAACCGCAGCAAAGCUGAAGCUGAGUCAUGGUACCAGACUAAGGAUGCAGAGAUGCAGCACUCAGCAGGUAGAUACAGUGAUGACCUGAAGUCAACCAAAGCCCAGAUUGCUGACAUAAACCGCAGGAUAAUGAGGCUCCAGUCUGAAAUUGACAUGGUGAAAGCACAGAGAAACAAUCUGGAAGGUCAGAUGAAAGAGACUGAGGAACGUGGUGAACUGGCAGUAAAGGAUGCUAAACUACGCAUCAGAGACCUGAAGGAAGCUCUUCAAAGGGCCAAACAGGACAUGGCCCUUCAAGUCCGCCAGUACCAGGAGCUGAUGAAUGUGAAGCUCGCGCUGGACAUUGAGAUUGCCACCUACAGGAAACUGCUGGAAGGAGAGGAGGACAGGUUAGCAACUGGAAUCAAGACCAAUAUAUUCAAGCGGACUUCUGUGAAUUACAACACCUACAGUCUGGAGAGCUCCCGCACCCCGUCCUACAUCGCUGGCUCCUUUGGAGGAGACGAAGCUAGCAGAGAUCUUGUCACUGACCUUGAGGGAGCAGCCGCGAAGAGCAGCACAGUAACCAAGACAGAGACUGUGGUGAUCAAGAGAGAAGGGAAGAAAGAAGAGGAGGAGGUAGAGAUAAAGGAGGAGGAACAUGUAGAAGUUGAGGGGCCAGCUGCUGUGGAGAAGAAGGAGCCAGUGAAGACUGAAGCUGUGGCUGAGGAGUGAUCUUUUUAGAUUCAUGAUUUAUGUUUUCGGGUGUUGAGAAAAAAACACACCUACUCUGUUUUGUUGUCCAGUUCUUUAAUGAUUCAUUAUCCAAAGUGCCUUCACCCAAUAAUCAUUUUAUACUGAUAAUGGUUUCUACUGUUAAGAGCCAACAACACAACUUUCUUUAUAAUGAAGAGACGCUAAUGUGUAGACGUGCUAAUGAUCGAGUCUAUGUUCAGGCUUUCUUGUAAAUUACUAAGUUCUUUAGUGUAUGAUGUAGUCAGGUCACUGCCAACGCCAGUGAUCACUGCACAACACCUGCUCAGCCAGCAGAUGACACUGUUUUCUGUGUUUUCCACUGCUGUUCAAUCUUGUCCCGGGCCAGCAAAAAGCACUGCUGUAAUAUCAGUAC